AUGUCUCCGGCUUAUCGCAUGCCACCUGGCAUUGUGUCACUUUGGCUAUGCCUUCUUCUAAUGCUUCUAGCAUGUGUAGAAGCAUACGAGGAAAUAUCAGAUAAGACCUUGACUCAACUCCCACGGCCCAAUAACGACUUCGACAUCCACAACGGCGCUUUAUUGUCACCUAUACUAAGGACCCGCGUCCCUGGCACCUCCGGCUCCACCGCGGUACUCAAUCACUUUGCCGACUUUUUUCGAACCGCACUGCCCAGAUGGACUAUUGAGGUUCAGAACUCCACAGCCAAAACACCACUAUCCAAGGGGAAGGAUGUACAUUUCCGAAACUUCAUCGCUACUCGCGAUCCUCCUUGGGCCUCGGUUGGUGACGUUGGCCGGCUCACUCUUGUCGCCCAUUAUGAUAGCAAGGUAGAACCGGAAGGCUUCAUCGGAGGCAUCGACAGUGCCGCGCCAUGUGCGAUGAUUAUGCAUACCAUGCGCAGCAUCGAUGCCGCGCUAGAAAAGAAAUGGUCCGCGCUACAGGAGCAAGGGUUACAUACCUACCUUGAAGAAGAGCGGGGUCUCCAGGUUAUAUUCUUGGAUGGCGAAGAGGCCUUUGAUGUCUGGACUGCGACCGAUUCCCUCUAUGGAGCUCGUGCCCUGGCUACACAUUGGGAUGACCAAGUCUAUCCCGCGAUGUCGGAAUUCAAGGGUCCCUUGUCAUCGAUAUCUCUGUUUGUCCUUUUGGAUCUGCUGGGCUCGAAAUCCCCGACAGUUCAUUCUUAUUAUGAGACAACACACUGGGCUUAUCAAAGCUUGGGCGCCCUUGAAAAACGAUUCAAGUCAUUGAAGCAGUUCAAGUCUGCCUCGGCUAAUCCAUGGUUCGUUGAUACCGAGAAUGACGGACACAACCUGUCGCCUAUGGGUGGCAUCCAGGAUGAUCACCUUCCUUUCCUCGCAAAGGGUGUUGAGAUCCUCCAUCUUAUUGACUUUACUCCCUUCAAGGGAUUCCCUUCUGUUUGGCAUUCAAUCGACGAUGAUGGUGAACAUUUAGAUUUGGAUACCGUCGAGGACUGGAGCAUGCUAGUUACCGCCUUCGUUGCGGAGUGGAUGGAGUUGGAAGGCUAUUUUGAUCAUAAAUCUGCCCCCAGUCCACGCAGUAACGACCAAUCUGCUGAGAUGGAAGCGCUCCGCAUGGAUAGGAAGACUGAGUUGUAA